AUGGUUUCCUCUAAACGUUUUGGGAGUUUAUCCCAGCUUCUAUUAUUCUUCAACUCUCUCGUUGCUGCUGCACCUGCAUCUUCUACGGCCGACCACCAUGGCAAAACAAAUGAAUACGACUACAUUGUCAUAGGAAGUGGUCCUGGAGGUGGUACAAUGGCUUCCAAUUUGGCCCUAGGAGGAUACUCUGUGCUACUACUUGAAGCCGGCGACGACAGCACUUACCAGGGAGCUGAUGUACCAAUCAUUGGAAGUGGGUAUCCUCUUGGAUUAACUUGGGAUUUCUUUUGCAUGCAUUAUCCAGAGGGCGAUCCGCGCAAUUUGGAAUUUAAUCACAUUACCUGGAUGACGGCCGAGGGUCGUUAUUGGGUCGGAAAGACAGACCCGCCCAAGGGCUCUGAGCUUCUUGGUAUUUACUAUCCUCGUGGUGCCACACUCGGUGGAUCAUCCAUGAUUAAUGGGCUAAACGUACAUCUUCCUCCGGAUAAGCUUUGGGAUAGCUAUGCAGAGCUUCUGGGUGAUGAUAGUUGGAGUUCCCAGAACUUCGGCUCGAUAUUUGAGAAGAUUGAGCACAACAACUAUCUAAGCCCGAAAACCCCCGGCCAUGGCUUCAAAGGCUACUUCCAAGCGUCCAUGCCCAACCGUGUGGGCAAGCCCCAGCCAGUGACAAACCCCUACAUGAACGCUCUUGCUGAGGAUAUUGGGGAGAAACAGCCGCUCACUGACCUGGUGAGAAGAGAUCCCAAUGUGCUUGAUCCUCGUCGCGAUACUCAGGAAGUAAUUUACGGCCUCGCCCUACAUACAUAUGCCAGCGGUACCCGGUAUAGCUCUCGCUAUCUAGUACAAGAAACCGCGGCGGCAAAGCACUAUCGUAGUGAUAUUCGCCAUAACGAUGAUGAUUCUGGCGUCCUACGCAAUGCCACAGCUCGUCGCGAGGUUAUCGUCUCCGGUGGUGCUUUCAACUCACCGCAGAUUCUUAUGCUUAGCGGCGUUGGGCCAAAAGACCACCUGGAGUCACUCGGAAUAGACGUUGUAGUCGACAGCCCUGGCGUGGGUCAAAACUUGAUGGACAAUGAAGAACUGCCGAUUGUCGCACAAGGCGCAGCAUACAUUAACGCUUCAUUGGUUCUCGGCUAUCCUCUACUCAAGACAAAUGCUUCUGUUGACGGGGACAACGACAUCUGGUUGCUACAAGCCGGCGUUCCUUUUCGUGGAUUCUGGCCAAGCAACCAGACGAAUGAGAAUCUGCCAAAAGAUCCCCCAGGCACAUGGGGUGUCGGCAUGGUCAAAGGCAGCCCGCAAAACACAGCCGGAUAUGUUCGCCUCCGUACCAAGGAUCCGCGCGACCGACCCGAGACUAACUUCAAUCUCUUCGCCAGUGACGGCGAUAAAGUUGAUCAGAGUGCCAUGAGGGAGGCAAUGAACCGCAUCCGUCGCAACUUUGUACGCAGCGGCGCUGAAGUUGUCGAACCCGCAUGCCCACCCGGAUUAAACGCCGAUGGCGGCUGCUCUGAUCCUGAUGUUGACGCAACUUGGCUCGAGGGACAGACUUUUGGCCAUCAUCCGACUUGUACGUGCCGCAUGGGCCCCGACGGUGACGCCAAUGCCGUUUUAGACAACAAGCUUCGUGUGCGAGGAGUUGGUGGGCUUCGAGUCGUCGAUGCAAGCUCGUUCCCCAAGGUCCCAGGGUGGUUUCCAGCCUUGCCUACCUUUAUGAUUGCCCAGAAGGUGUCGGAAGAAAUGAUGAAAGAGCUGAAGCACUGA